AUGGUCUAAAUAUAUAAGAGCACUAAAUUCUAAAAAAGGCCUAUCUUAUUAAAAAAUAUAAGGACCUUUUUGGUUAAGUAAGAAAAAUAUAAUUUUUUGCAUAUCUUCAAAUAUCUCUUUCAUCAAAGGCUCAAAGAAUUUUACAUCAAAAGCAUUAUUUACUGUUGCGAUAGUUAACUUUUCAAAAAAAUUCUAUGCUUAGCUUUCUGUGUAAGAGCUAAACCUGCUUUUUAGAUUAUUGUAAAUUAUAUCUUUUUUGAAAAUUAGAUUGUCUUUGAUAGAUUUAAUGAGCUAUUCUUCUUAAAUGUACUUUUCUUAAAAUUGGGUUUCUAUUAAUUCUUCAUCUCUCUGUUCUGA